AUGAGCUCGCCCAGCCCGCGUCCGCCGCAGCAUGGCCGCCGGCCCUCGCUUGUCCAGCAGGAGGACGGUCUCUACCAUUCGGCUCUGCACACGCGCACCGGCAUGCUCACCUCGAUGAUGCGCUCCCGCUCCCAGCAGAGCCUCUCCUCGGCCUGGCGGAACCCAUACGCCUCCGACGACGAGGAGCCCGUCCGCGGACGCACCCGCGGCCACCCGCCCGAGGACGAUGAGCUCGAGCGCCUGCUUCACGACGAGAACCGUCUCAGCCAGAUUCUCCACGGGCCGCAGAACCGCAGCAUGAACCUCAUCGGCAAGAGCAACCCCAGAUAUCGCUGGAACUCGUACUGGAAGUCGGACGAGGAGCUGCAGGGCAUGUCGGCCAAGCUGCGCAAAUACUAUGAGCGCACAAAUGACCUCAUCCAGCAGUACAUGUACAUUGACUGCCUGCUCGACUCCACCAUCCCCCACGAGCUGCUCAACGAGUACAAUGCCGAGCUCGAGGCCUCAGCCUUUCGCGGCGUCGACAUUCCCAACACCAUCUCCGAGGAGCCAGACUCGUCGUCGCUGUCGGGUUCCACCACGGACCAAUUCAACGGCGGCUUCUCGUACGGCUCGACAAACACGCUGCCCCCCUUGCCGUCUUCCGAGAGCGUCAACAAGACGCCGCCGCUGCCUGCCAAACGCACGCCCAAGGACAUCUUCCGCUCCUCCGAGAACCUGACUAUGCUCCCGCAGAACCAGGCAGCCGAAGAAGAGGAAGACAUCCGGCGCAGCAUUGCCGACGAGAGACGGCCCUUGCUGCACCCCAACUCCAAGGAUCUUGAAAAUGGCCCGCGGCCUCUGCUCCCCUGGCUCGAAGACGGCGAAGUUGACAGCAACGAUCCCGUCGUCACCCUCGCCAUCUACAUCAAUCUCAUUGCCAACGUUGUGCUGCUCGUCGGCAAAAUCCUUGUCAUCAUCUCAGUCCCCUCCAUGUCUGUCCUGGCCUCUCUGGUUGACGCCGUCUUGGACUUUUUGAGUACUGCAAUCGUUUGGACCACGACCCGCCUCAUUGCUUCUAGCUCCAGCGACGUCGACCGAUACCCUGUCGGACGCACUCGCCUCGAGCCUUUGGGAGUCCUCGUCUUUUCCGUCAUCAUGGUCACCUCGUUCUGUCAGGUUGCUCUGCAAUGUAUCCAGCGUCUCAUGGGCACAGAGCAUGAAGUGAUUGAGCUCGGUGUGCCGGCCAUUGCCAUCAUGGCCGGUACCGUCAUAAUCAAAGGUGCAUGCUGGGUAUGGUGUCGCUUGGUCAAGAAUUCGAGCGUCAGAGCUCUUGCUGAAGACGCCAAGACGGAUGUGAUUUUCAACAUUGGAUCCAUUCUGUUCCCCAUUGUCGGUUUCUAUGGCAAGGUCUGGUGGCUCGACGCCACCGGCGGUCUGCUCCUGUCCCUCGUCGUCGUCCUCACCUGGAGCCAGACGUCGGCCCACCACGUCCGCAACCUGACGGGCUUCGGCGCCGAGCCCGACGAGCGCAACCUGCUGCUGUACCUGACAAUGCGCUUCGCCACCGCCAUCCGCAAGAUCCAGAACCUGCGCGCCUACCACGCCGGCGACAAGCUGUUUGUCGAGGUCGACAUUGUCCUCUCCGCCAUCACCCCGCUCAAGGACUCGCACGACCUCAGCGAGGUGCUGACGUACUUUCUCGAGUCGGUGCCCAUUGUCGACCGCGCGUUUGUGCACGUCGACUACACGAGCUACAAUGCGCCCACUCACAUGCUGAAACAGUCUUCGACGUAA